CUGCGCGGCAGGGGGAAGGUCGUCCCUGUGACCGGCUACGCGGUUGUAACAGUCGUAGCCAUGUUGUCUGUUGCCGCUCGCUCGGGCCCGUUUGCGCCGGUCCUGUCGGCCACUUCCCGCGGGGUGGCGGGCGCGCUGCGGCCCCUGUUGCAGGCCGCGGUGCCCGCCACCCCGGAGCCGCCGGCGCUGGACGUGAAGCGGCCCUUCCUGUGCCGGGAGUCGCUGAGCGGCCAGGCCGCGACCCGACCUUUGGUCGCCUCCGUGGGCCUCAAUGUCCCUGCUUCCGUUCGGUAUUCCCAUACAGACAUCAGAGUGCCUGACUUCUCUGACUAUCGUCGUUCUGAAGUGUUAGAUAGUACAAAGUCUUCAAAAGACAGCAGUGAAGCAAGAAAAGGUUUUUCCUAUUUGGUAACUGCAACAACUACAGUGGGUGUUGCAUAUGCUGCCAAGAAUGUUGUCUCCCAGUUUGUUUCCAGCAUGAGUGCUUCUGCUGAUGUGCUAGCUAUGUCAAAAAUUGAAAUCAAAUUAUCCGAUAUUCCAGAAGGCAAGAACAUGGCUUUCAAAUGGAGAGGCAAACCCCUAUUUGUGCGCCACAGAACCCAGAAGGAAAUUGAUCAAGAAGCUGCAGUUGAAAUGUCCCAGUUGAGGGACCCACAGCAUGACUUAGAUCGAGUAAAGAAGCCUGAAUGGAUUAUCCUGAUAGGUGUUUGCACUCAUCUCGGUUGUGUACCCAUUGCAAAUGCAGGAGAUUUUGGUGGCUAUUACUGCCCUUGCCAUGGGUCACACUAUGAUGCAUCUGGCAGAAUCAGGAAGGGGCCUGCACCGCUCAACCUUGAAGUUCCCUCAUAUGAGUUCACCAGUGAUGAUUUAGUUGUUGUUGGUUAGAGACCUGGACUCAAGUCAUAGGCUUCUUUCAAGUUUCAUGUCACCUCAGAAAAGCUGAGAGUAAGCUUUCCCUACUUCAAGUUGAUUGGUGUGAAAUAUUUACAAAUUACUAAUAAUGUAUUUGCAAACGUUAAUAUGUAGUAGAACUUAAUGUUGAAUACUUUCACUCAUUUAAUAAAGUCACUGUUAAACAUUGUUAAGCUCAAUCAGACUUGAAAGAGUACCAUGUGAUCAUUAAUACUCAUUAAAAAUUACAGACUGGUGUGCAAGUUA